GUAAUAAAAAAACAAAGUGAAUGUUUCCUUUGGAUUAUAUAUACUCAAAAGCACCUUAACUCUAAAGUCCCCAGCACCACUCAAGCAUGGAGAAAACCAACACAAUGUCAAAAUUUCUCCAAACCUGGAUCAUCAAAACUUAAAGUCACGACUACAGUAACCAAUCAAGUAUGCUAAGAGGAAAAGAAAAGUUAUUUACGAAGCUCCUUAUAUCUAGUCCAGUCACUUUUCUCCCACCACUUCCAAGAAAGAUCAAGAAACCCAAUUAAAAGCAAUCCCCACCUAGAAUGAUACUUACUCUCA